UGGUUUGUUGUCUUCCUGUUCAAAGGCGGUCAGUUCAAGUUGCCAUAGCAGAGAGAAGCUAGUUGAACAUCUUCAGUUGUCACUUCUUGGUAAAGUGACCCGCAAUAGGUUUUGAUGUAGUAAAUCCGUACUGGACUUCCCCGGUCCAAAACAAUGGAAUCAUCCAGCGAAUCGGACAGCUUUCAAAGGACGAGACGGGUUCGAUCCCGGGGGAGAGAAUCACGGCCGAGAGCCAGACGAGACAGAACCGAGACCGAUGCAGUCAUCUCCGAGAAAAUCAACACAUUGACAAGCACUUUACAGGAUACAAGUAGAAACUUGAACAAAGUUGAUCGUAUGCUGGGCGAGUACAGAGAACAUACAGAUGACCAGGCAGAAGCCAUGGCAACGGUGGGUAGAAUAAUUGAGGGAGGACCUGGAGGAGUCCAUUCUGCAGCUCCAGAGCCAGAGGCAGAGAAGGCCCAGCCGAGCUCCCAGCGCCUCAGGGUCAACCCUGCACACCAGCGAUCUGGAGGGGGGAAACUCCUCAGAAGGCCAGCGUUUCUACCCGACCUCUCCCUGAAGGAUUAUGGGGAGCUCGGAGUCGGCCGGGGGCAGGAGGCGAUCCCGGUCAGCCACGGUGCGCUUCUGUUCUCCCAGACUGGCCGGAGAGGAUAUCCACACUCUGCACCAGUCCCUCAGAGACCUGCGCAGCGACCAGAUCCGUCUGGGCGGCGACCUGGACACAGAGGUCCUCAGGAGGACCAGGUCGGAUGUUGACACCAGGCGAGCGUUGGAGAAUCUGGCAGAGCAUCUUACAGCUUCACAGAAGCAGGAUCUGGUGUCGAGCCGAGUGGAGCAGCGACUGCAGGAGAUGGAGAGAGAGAUGCGUGCGGAGCGACCGAGCGCAGAGAGACGACCGGAGGCACGGGGGAGCACGUCUGAAGAACUGCAGGAGGCCCUGAGGAGGCGAGAGGCUCGGGUCAUGGAGAGUGAGGAGGUGGUUAAGAUCAGACUCCUCAGCUCAGAGGCUGACAAGACCAAGUUGGAGCAGGAGCUGGAGAGAGCCAGGAAGCAGCUGGACCAAUCAGAGGGAGGCAGGAAUACCCUACUACAACAGGUGGAGGACUUGCGUGAGCAGCUUCUGAGGCUGGAGAAGGAGAGGCUGGAGCAGCAGAGGGGGGCGACCCAGCCCUCCACCCAGCCCAGAGGCCACCUGCCCAGGGACAGCAGGGCAGGAGACCUGGGCCCAGACGUGUUGGAGCUGGAGCGGGAGGUGCAGGCGCUGCGAGGGCAGCUCAGCAGAACGUCGGCCCUUAGAGAGCUGGAGGAGCUGAAGACGAGCCUGGAGCGCAAGGAGGGGGACAGACUUCUGCUCUGCACGCAGGUCGAGGCUCUGUCCUCAGACCUGUCUCGUCGGGAGCACCAGCAGCUCUCCAUGCUGCAGCAGCUGAAGGACAUCCAGGCGCGCUCGGAGGCGUGCGCGGCCGAGAGGGCGCGGGCGGCCCAGCGGGCGGAGGAGGCCGAGGGCCAGCUGGAGGAGAGCGUCCGCAGCAGGGAGCAGCUGAGGGCCCGGGCGCAGGAGGCCGUCCGCCAGUGGAGGGCGCGGGCCCGGAGGCUGCAGGGGGAACUGGAGGAGGCCCGGACGCAGGCCCGACUGGACGCUGACAAGGCCAAGCAGGUGUGUGAGGAGAGGGAGGGCUCCCUGGCCCAGGUGAGGGCUGCGUCCCAGCAGGCGGAGGGGGUGAGGAGGGAGCUGGCCGAGGCCCUCUCCCGCCUGGCCCAGCGCGAGGAGGAGCUGCACCAGAAGGAGGUGCAGCUGUCGGAGACGCGAGGCCGCCGCCUGGGCCUGGAGCAGGAGCUGCUGGAGGCCAGGGAGGCCAGGGAGGAGGAGGCCCAGCGCCAGGCCCGCCUGCGCCAGGAGAACCAGAGGCUGGAGGAGGCGCUGGAGGCCCAGGCCCGGAGGAACCAGGGGGACCAGGAGGAGCUGCAGGCCGCCCUGACGGAGCUGCGAGCCAGCCGGGCUCAGCUGGCGUCCAGGCUGGCUGAGGAGGAGGCCUCCAGGAGGGAGCUCCAGAGAGCCAGCGCAGAGCUGCAGGUGAGCCUGAGCCAGGCCCGGGAGCAGAGCGCCUCGCUGGGGGGGCGUCUGGAGCAGGACAGGCAGGAGCACCAGAGGGAGCUGGCGGGGGUGAAGGCUGCGGCCCAGGAGGGCAGGAGCAGGCUGGAGCAGACUGAAGCGCAGCUCCUGGAGAUGAAGGAGGGUGCAGGGGCGUCUCAGGAGCUACAGAGGGUGCUGUGUGUGAAGCUAGACAGGAUGAAGGCCGAGUGUGACAAGCUGACCCAGCAGCUGGCCAGCUCCGAGGAAGCCAACCGCAUCCUCCACAGGAAAUACCAGCAGCUCAAACAGGAAGUGGAUGAAAAAGUGCGCUGGUCUGCCUCGGAGGCGGAGCGUCGACGUGUGUCGGAGGAGGCGAGGGCGGGGCUGGAGGAGGCGAGGGCGGGGCUGGAGGAGAGGCUGCGUGGCGUUCUGGCAGAGCAGGAGUCGGUCCUCAGCACAGCAGGGGGCGAGGUAGAUGCCGCCUGCAGAGCCCUGGGCAAGGACACCCCAGACAGACUACAGAUCUUACCGAGCAGCCCUGGACUCCUCAGAGACCCCCACCGCUGGCUGGCUGACACCAAGGCGAAGCUGCGCUGGCUGUGUGGGGAGGUGUGUGAGCGCGGGGCAGCAGAGAGGAGGAUGAGGAGACAGAUCCAGACCAGAGACUCUGACCACCUCACCCUGCUGCAGCGCCUGGAGAUGCAGGAGAGCAAGCUGCUGUCCCUGCAGUCCGAGAAGACCGAGCUCCUGGAGAAGAACCUCAGGAGGGAGGAGGAGAUGAGGAGUCUACAGGAGCGUGUGUUGGAGCUGGAGAAGAGCACCAGAGUGGCUUUGAAUCACCUGGAGUCUGUCCCGGAGAAACUGUGUCUGAUGGACAACAUCAGAGACCUGGAGGAAUCCCAUCACCAGAAGCAGGUGGUGGAUGAGUGCUAUGUGAAGUACAAGGACAUCGUUGGAGACCUUCAACACCAGCUGGACGAAUCAAAACGCAAGAUCCAGGAGUAUAGGGAUGAGAAAAUGGAAGCCACUUCUCGCAGCAUCCGAUUGGCUGCCAUGUCGUCGACCAUACGAGGCCCCACCCACUUCUUCCAUAGCUCCCUGCGCCAGGACACUUCCUCCCCUCCCCUCCUCCUGUCAUCAGAACUGACCGGCAGCCUCCCUCCAGAGCGCUGCACCCCCGUCAACGGCCUGUCGGACUCCGUCAGCACCUAGACCCAGCGUGCCCUCGCUAAACUCUCACACACGGUGCUCAACACAAACACCUCUGGAAACGGUGCGGACAGCCAAGAAGUCAACCCAGCGUGAGGGCAAACGUUCCCUCCACGCUCCUCAACACAUGGUGCUCCAGUCAGUCCAUUACUCACCUGCUCAGCCUGUGCUCACCUGCUCUGAACCUGGCAGCUACUCUGCACCCAGGGGCCUGGAGAGAAGACCCAGCAGUCUUCGGUGACUACCUCAACAAGGCUGCAGCCAGGGGAACAGGCGAUGCUGCGUGGUGCUCUGCAGAACAAGGUAACCUUGGGAGGGUUUACGUGCUGUAAGGCCUGGGGGGGGCUCAACGACGACGGCUGCUGAAGGUGUUUUUGUGUGAACGUUUAUGCGUGUGUUUAUCAGAAUGUGCAAAAGAAGAAUGUCUGUGUGGCCUGGAGUGUACGGAGCACUGGAAUGAAAGCCAAAAUGGCCCUACAGCAUUUGGAAAGCUAAAUUCGAUGUAAUCUUUAAUUGUUUUUUUAUCGCUCACCAUUUCAGUUCCUAACAAAGAGCACGGUUUGAAGUCUCCUGUUUACCUCUUUAUUGGUCGUUUGUACUGUAUCAUGCCAACAUUUUAUGUUAUCUAAAGCAAUUAAAAGUGACUGUUUAUAUAUUUGUUUUUAGCAAUACUGUGGUGCUUUUUUAACUUUGUACAUGCAUUUACGCUAUUUUGCUCAACAAAUAAUGACAAAUAAUUGUCUUUCUAGCUAAACGCUUUUACCACAGCUGUAACAUUUGUUUUUGUUUUUUCUACUGUUGGGAAUAAUCGUCCCUCGUCCUUUAAAUUACGUAUGCAGUGUUUUUUUAAAGAAUCGCCAACAAGCACUAAAGAUGUAUAUUUUCUAUUGACAUUUAGAAAGAAUAUAUGUGAUAAUAAAAACCUCAGUGACAUGG